GCAGGCGCUGCGUGUGUGUGUGCACGUGCCAUGCAACAGCGUCACAAUAAAAAUGCUGCGACUCGGUGACCCUCACAUCGUUGUUGUCCUCACGAGCAGCCGAGCCACGGCCCACACCGAUGCACUUAGUGGACGGAGUGAGGCAUCUUUUGAUGUGCUGCAGGGAGCAGGAUGUGUUGACGCAGCCACGACGUGCAUGGAGUGUCACGAUGGCACAGUGAGCUGUGGCUGGUGGAAUAUUUGCUUCUCGGAGGCAACAGAGAGAGAGAGAGAGCUGCUCCUGCUGCUGGCGUCGUUGCUGCCUUUUGUGGUCUCCCAUGCCGAUUAUUGUCUGUCCGCUGAUCAUGGGUGGCAUGCCUCCACUAGUGACGUCGUCUGCAGGCAUUCCACAGCACCAGUGAAACACACAUCACGUCGCAUGCCUUGGCUGUGGAUAUGGUGUCUUGCAUGCAGCCGGCAUUAUUUUGCCCGACUCCUUUUCACUGCCUUGCGACAAAUGGAUGCGUCCCCGCCCGAGUCAUUCACUGCAGCUCCGUGUGCUGUACUGCCAGCACAAGACUCUCCUGUUGUCUGA